GUUCUGGAGGGCAGAGGGGCAGGUCUGUCUGGGUCUGUCCCUGGCACUGUGCCAGGCCUGAGUCACGCUGCUCACUCCCUUCCUCCUCCCCAGCUUUCAUUCACCUCCGCACUGCGGCCAAGGGAGGCCCGCCCUGCCAUGGGCUGCUGCCUGUGGCCUUGGGCAGGCAUGAGCAAAGGGGCCAGGGGGGUUGCCUGUCCUCCCCCACCCUGUGGGGGCCUUCCUCCCCCUCUACUGGGCCUCGGUUAAUUAUAACUCUGACCUAAGUGCCCUGUGACGUCGUGCCCGGGCCAGCCCUUCCUAGGAGACCCAGCAACCAGGUAGGGGAGGGCCUGAGAGGACUCAGGCUUCCUGUGCAUGGGGAGUGUUUCUGCAGCAGGGCUGGGAACUCAGCCAGGGACUGGGGAGGGGGGCCUGGGGGAGGAACCCUGGACCCCUCUCCUGGCAGCUGUGUAUGUCCCUAAUGGUUAGAUGAGGCCCUCAGGUUGUCUGGGUGACAGAGAGGGCGGGGAAGCCAGGCUGCAGCAGACGCGACUUUUGAGGUAAAGCAGGUGCCCAUGGAGACCCGCAGAGCCGGCCUGCCCUGGAAUCGCAGCUGCUUCCUCCUCCCUUGAGAGCCUUCUGUCUCCCAGGUCCAUGUCUCAGCCAUGCUCCCCACAGAAGUGCCCCAGUCCCACCCGGGCCCCUCAGUGUUGCUUCUGCUGCAGCUGCUGCUGCCCCCCACAUCUGCCUUCUUCCCCAACAUCUGGAGCCUGCUGGCUGCCCCUGGCUCCAUCACCCACCAAGACCUAACUGAGGAGGCAGCACUCAACGUCACCCUGCAGCUCUUCCUGGAGCGGCCACCCCCAGGCCGCCCCCCUCUUCGUCUUGAGGACUUCCUGGGUCGAACACUCCUUGCCGAUGACCUCUUUGCCGCCUACUUUGGACCUGGUUCUCCUUCUCGGCGGUUCCGAGCAGCCUUAGGUGAGGUGUCUCGUGCCAAUGCGGCCCAGGACUUCCUGCCGACUUCCAGGAAUGACCCCGACCUGCACUUUGAUGCUGAGCGACUGGAUCAGGGACGCGCGCAACUGGUAGGGGCUCUGCGGGAGACCCUGGUGGCAACCAGAGCCCUUGACCACACCCUGGCUCGCCAGCGCCUCGGGGCUGCACUUCAUGCCCUGCAGGAUUUCUACAGUCAUAGCAACUGGGUGGAGCUGGGUGAGCAGCAGCCACACCCUCACCUCCUCUGGCCAAGACAGGAGCUCCAGAACCUGGCACAAGCUGCCUCAUCCUCUCGCCUGGAAGCUGCCUCCUGUCCACAACUCACAGAGGGCGCAGUCCCCAUAGGAUUGGUCCCUACACUGACUGAUCCUACCUGCUCCGAUUGCGAGGCGUUGAGCUGCCCUGGGAAUUGGCUGGGCUUCACACUCCUCACCUCUGGCUACUUUGGAACUCAUCCCCCGAAACCUCCAGGGAAAUGUAGCCACGGGGGCCAUUUUGACCUGAGCAGCUCCCAGCCACCAAGGGGAGGCAUCAACAAGGACAGCACAUCCCCAGGCUUCUCCCCUCACCACAUGCUGCACCUCCGGGCUGCAAAACUGGCCCUUCUAGCCUCCAUCCAGGCCUUCGGCCUUCUGCGAAGCCGCCUAGGAGACAGGGAUUUCUCCAGGCUGCUGGACAUCACCCCGGCCUCCAGCCUGAGCUUUGUCCUGGACACCACGGGCAGCAUGGGUGAGGAGAUCAACGCUGCCAAAAUCCAGGCUCGCCACAUUGUGGAGCAGCGGAGGGGCAGCCCCAUGGAGCCUAUCCACUAUGUCCUGGUGCCUUUUCAUGACCCAGGGUUUGGCCCUGUCUUUACAACCAGUGACCCUGACAGCUUCUGGCAACAGCUUAAUGAGAUCCACGCCUUGGGGGGUGGAGACGAGCCUGAGAUGUGCCUGUCAGCCCUGCAGCUGGCCCUGCUGCACACACCUCCACUCUCAGACAUCUUUGUCUUCACGGAUGCGUCCCCCAAGGAUGCCUUUCUCACCAACCAGGUGGAAUCCCUGACUCAGGAACGGCGCUGCCGGGUAACAUUCCUGGUGACUGAAGACACAUCAAGGGUUCAGGGCCGAGCUCGGCGUGAGAUCUUGUCCCCUCUGCGUUUUGAGCCAUACAAAGCAGUGGCCCUGGCCUCAGGAGGAGAAGUGAUCUUCACCAAAGACCAGCACAUUGGAGACGUGGCAGCCAUUGUUGGGGACAGCAUGGCUGCCCUGGUGACUCUUCCCCUGGACCCUCCUUUUGUGGUGCCUGGGCGGCCACUUGUGUUCAGCGUGGAUGGGCUGCUCCAGAAGAUCACAGUCCGGAUCCACGGGGACGUCAGCAGCUUCUGGAUCAAGAACCCUGCAGGGGUCUCCCAGGACCAGAAGGAAGGCACGGGUCCUCUAGGUCACACUCACCGCUUUGGGCAGUUCUGGAUGGUGACCAUGCAUGACCCUCCACAGACAGGAACCUGGGAGAUCCAGGUCACAGCUGAGGACACCCCUGGGGUGAGAGUGCAAGCCCAGACCUCCCUGGACUUCCUCUUCCACUUUGGGAUCCCCAUGGAGGAUGGACCCCACCCUGGCCUCUAUCCCCUGACUCAGCCAGUUGCAGGUCUCCAGACCCAGCUGCUGGUAGAAGUGACAGGGUUGGGUUCCCAAGCGAAUCCUGGGGAUCCUCAGCUGCAUUUCUCCCACGUCAUCCUUCGAGGGGUCCCAGACGGUGCCGAACUAGGCCGGGUGCCUUUGGAGCCCGUAGGACCUCCGGAGCGAGGUCUCCUCGCAGCCUCGCUGCCGCCCACGCUGCUGUCCACCCCUAGACCCUUCUCCCUGGAGCUGAUUGGCCAGGACGGAGCGGGGCGGCGCCUGCACAGGGCUGCCCCUCAGCCUAGCACUGUAGUCCCUGUCCUUCUGGAGCUUAGUGCGCCCUCGGGUUUCUUGGCCCCGGGCAGCAAGGUCCCGCUCAGUCUGCGCAUCGCCAGCUUCUCGGGCCCUCAGAAUCUUGACCUUAGGACUUCCGUCAACCCCAGCUUCUCCCUCACCUCCAACCUCUCCAGGGCUCACCUGGAACUGAAUGAGUCGGUCUGGGGCCGCCUGUGGCUGGAGGUCCCAGACUCAGCGGCCCCGGAUUCCGUGGUGAUGGUGACUGUGACUGCAGCGGGACGAGAAGACAGCUCAGUGCCCCCGACUCAUGCUUUCCUCCGGCUCCUGGUAUUGGCCCCAGCCCCGCAGGACCAGCUGGCCACCCCUACCGGCUCAUCUGACCCAACCCUCACCACCGCCACCCCUGCCUUUUCCCCCUUCACAUUGGUGACUCAAGGCAGGGCUGGGGCAGGGUUGGUGGGCAGCCCCUGGUGGGGCACAGUUGGAGGGUUGCUGCUUCUGCGAGGCCUGGCCUCCUGGUGACACAACAGACUCUAGAGGGAUGGGUCUCCAGCACUAUUUUCAACCUGCCGCAUUGGUAAGAAGACCCGGGACACAUUUGUCACAUAGGCCUUAGGACCUUGCCUCUCCUAGCUGGGAUGAAGAUUUUCUUUUUCUUUUUUUUGAAACGGAGUUUUGCUCUUGUUGCCCAGGCUGGAGUGCAGUGGCGCCAU